UCAUGCUGCUGCCAGGUCCAGAGUGUGUCAUGGGUCCCUGUACGGCCUCCCAUUGCUGCUGUCUCCAUCGCCACACUCUGCCAUGUGCCACUUUCAGGUCUCCUCACACUGCUGGUGGGUUCCAUUUUGUCAUAGGGUGCUGGUGCUGUAUGGCCUCCCAUUGCUGCUGCCAGGCCCGUAAUCUGCCAUGGGCCCCCGUACCGACUCCUCAUGCUGCUGCCAGGCCCGUAAUCUGUCAUGGGCCCCAGUACCGCCUCCUCAUGCUGCUGCCAGGUCCAGAGUGUGUCAUGGGUCCCUGUACGGCCUCCCAUUGCUGCUGU